CUCAGCCCACCACUAGGGAGAAAGAAACAUAUGCAUGCCACCAACGCAAGGAGCUCAGAACCUCAGAUACGCAUCAGUUGGCAGCAGCAGCCGACGCAGCGGCCAAGAGCGAUAAGUAGUAGUAGACGACGGUGGGCGGUGCGGCGUGCAGUGCAGCAGCGUGCUCGUACUACACUACUAGUAGGCACCCCGCAGCGCACGCAGCAGCACCGCAAGUAAACGAUACCGCGCGUCGCCAAGAGCUUACCGACACCGAGAAGCAGCCACGCACGCGCGGGGAGCUAGCUAGCUAGAGCGCGCGCGAGAGCGACCGUCGAUCGGCGGCCACCCACCCGCCAUGUCAGCGUUAGUGGACGCGCUGUGCGCCGCGCCGCCGCCCAGCGACGCCGCCGCGCUCGUCUACGACACCUUCAACGCCGCCAGCUUCCUCUUCGACACCGCCGCGUUCUGUGACGGCGCCGGCAUUGUCGUCGCCCCGGCGUCCGCGCAUCAGCAGCAGCAGCAGGCGGCCGUGGAGGAGGCGCCGGCGGGGGAGGCGCAGGCAGCGACGACGACGUCGACGACGACUAGGGUCAGGAAGCGGCGGCGGCGGGCGCGGAGCUGCAAGUCGAGGGAGGAGACGGAGACCCAGCGGAUGACGCACAUCGCCGUCGAGCGCAACCGCCGCCGCCAGAUGAACGAGUACCUCACCGCGCUCCGCUCCAUCAUGCCGGAGACCUACGUCCAGAGGGGUGACCAAGCUUCCAUCGUCGGAGGGGCAAUCGAGUUCGUGAAGGAGCUGGAGCAGCAGCUGCAGUGCCUCGAGGCGCAGAAGCGCAAGCUACUGGCGGCGGCGAGGCCUGACGCGACGCCAAUGCACGCAAGCAGCGGCAGCGGCAGCACCAGGACCUGCUGCGCGGAUUCCGCGACGGCGGCGACGACGAGCAACUGCAGCAGCAGCGUGACGGAGGACGCGGCGGAGCACGCGCACGCGCCGCCGCCCCCAUUCGCGCAGUUCUUCACGUACCCGCAGUACGUGUGGUGCCACUCGGCGCGGAACCCCGCGGCGGCUGAGGGGGAGGAGGACGGCCGGCGGUCGGGGGUGGCCGACGUCGAGGUGACCCUGGUGGAGACGCACGCCAGCGUGCGCGUGAUGACGACGCGGCGGCCCGGGCAGCUCCUCAGCUUGGUCACCGGGCUGCAGGCGCUCCGCCUCGCCGUGCUCCACCUCAGCGUCACCACGCUGGACGCCCUGGUCCUCCACUCCAUCAGCGUCAAGGUGGAGGAAGGGUGUGGCCUGGCGACGGCGGACGACAUCGCCGCCGCCGUGCACCACGUGCUUUGCAUCAUCGACGCCGAGGCCACCGAGCAGCAGCUGCUCGCUGCAGCGGGGCCGCAACCGCAAUAGGGCCGCCCGCGAGCCGACCGACCGACGUCCCCGGCGAUCGAGGAGACGAGCGUAGAUGCGACGUGACUCAAAGUCAUGUACUACAAGCAUCAUAUGCGAAAAUUGAAGGGUCCGGUGAAACGUCGUCUCCGUGUAAUUGUGUAGUUUGAUCUCUUUUCUUUUUUUCGUUUUUUCCCCCUAGUAGAUGUGUAAGCGUGUUUUCGGCAUGUUGUCGCGAUGUUCCGUUUAGCGUUCGAUCUGUGAUGAUUAGCUCUUCAGCUGUGCUGUCCAUUCCCUCAGUGUUGUUCAAGACGGAGCGGGGCGAGGGCACAGUCCAGGUUACCGUACCGUUUGGUGAAAAUUUACAGGACCUCAGUGGUAGAAAUAUAUUUCGCCAUUUUCAGCGAUUUUCGAAAAAAAAA